AAAAGUUUUGCAAACACGACCUUAGGAAAUAAUUGAUGCUCGAAUAUUGGAAAGAUCACUCAAAUUUGCCAUAUCAAUUUCUAUACAGACGAUUUGGUUUCCUUACAAUUGGAUACUAAUUUAGGAUAUUACGUAAGCAUCACCAAUCAAAAUUCCUUUGCUCCCAAAAUUGACGAUCGAUUGUAAUUACCAGUGCCGAAAAACAGUUUAGCAGCGCAUCAAAUUCUUCGCAUUCAAUUCAAAAUCCUCAAACGCAUCCAGAAAAAUUGUCGCGAUGGCGAGGAAGAUGCUUAUCGAUGGGGAGGUGGAAAAAGCCAACAAAGAGAAUACUCACUAUGACUUUGAUUUGUUUGUAAUUGGUGCAGGGAGUGGCGGAGUUCGUGCAUCACGAUUUUCAGCCCAGUAUGGAGCUAAGGUUGGUAUCUGCGAGCUUCCAUUUCAUCCUAUCAGCUCUGAAACUAUUGGAGGAGUUGGUGGAACGUGUGUCAUUCGUGGUUGUGUGCCUAAGAAAAUUUUGGUCUACGGUGCUGCUUUUGGUGCUGAAAUCGAGGACGCAAAAAAUUACGGGUGGGAACUGAACGAGAGAACUGAUUUCAAUUGGAAGAAACUUCUACACAAAAAGACAGAAGAAAUAGUGAGAUUAAACGGAAUCUACAAGCGUUUACUUUCAAAUGCUGGUGUAAAGCUGUUCGAAGGAGAGGGAAGAGUUAUCGGUCCUAAUCAAGUUGAAUUGAUUCAAUUGGACGGAACUAAAAUUAGCUACUCCGCAAAACACAUUCUUAUUGCCACUGGAAGUCGGGCUCAUCGUCCAGCUAUUCCGGGCCAAGAAUUAGCCAUAACAUCAGACGAGGCGUUGAGCUUGGAAGAGUUGCCUAAACGAGCUGUCAUACUUGGUGGAGGGUAUAUUUCUGUUGAGUUUGCUUCGAUAUGGCGAGGGAUGGGUGUGACUGUGGAUUUGUUUUUCAGAAAAGAACUUCCUUUAAGAGGUUUCGAUGAUGAAAUGAGAACAGUGGUUGCGAAAAAUCUGGAAGGCAGGGGUAUCAACUUGCAUCCUAACACAACCUUAACUGAGCUGACUAAAACAGAAGAUGGUAUAAAAGUUCGAACUGACCAUGGCCAAGAAAUUACAGCUGAUGUUGUACUCUUUGCCACUGGUAGAGCCCCCAACACUAAAAGGUUAAAUCUGGAAUCUGUAGGAGUCGAGCUUGAUAACAGAACCGGAGCUGUAAAGGUUGAUGAAUAUUCUCGCACAAACAUACCGAGCAUAUGGGCAAUAGGUGACGUUACAAACCGAAUGAAUCUCACUCCCGUUGCCUUGAUGGAAGGAACCUGCUUCGCUAAAACAGUGUUCGGUGGACAGCCUACUGCAGCUGAUUAUAACCAUAUUCCAUGUGCUGUUUUCUGCAUACCACCACUGUCUGUAGUUGGUUUAAGUGAGGAACAAGCUUUGGAGAAUUCAAAUUGCGAUAUUUCGGUUUUUACUUCAACUUUUAAUCCAAUGAAGAACACCAUUUCGGGACGCCAAGAGAAGACGAUGAUGAAGCUAGUAGUCGAUGCCGAGAGUGAUAAAGUUCUUGGAGCGUCCAUGUGUGGGCCCGACGCACCUGAGAUUAUGCAGGGCAUUGCAGUAGCACUCAAAUGUGGAGCAACCAAAGCUCAAUUUGACAGCACGAUUGGUAUUCACCCUUCUGCUGCAGAGGAGUUCGUGACGAUGCGAUCUGCGACGAGGCAAAUUCCUGCUCGUAAGCCAAAAGCCAAUAUAUAGAAAUGAAUACUACUUCAUAGUAAAACUUAUUAUUUAUUACACAAAUUAAAUAAUAAAUAUUGUCUUCUGAGAAAGUAUUAUUUAGUAUUGAACAGAAGCUACCCAAAUAAUAAUUUUAUGUUUUGUCUUCU